GUGGAAGAAAACAGCAGAGCAGGAAUCAAAACAAGAGACGGGCACGCCUUCGCUCUCAAAGGUUAUAGCAGCUUAUUUCUUUUACCUGCUGCACGAAAACGCAGCCCGCCGUCCAGGCAGGGACCGAAGGCAGCCACACACUGAGAGAAAAGCCCCCCCUCCCUACCCCGGCAAAUGAAAACAAAAGCCCCCCUCCAAGAGUCCAGCUGCAGAAAUGGAGUCCACAGAAAUGUCAGACAGCGCUGACAGGAGCCGUUGAUAGAGGUCGAAAAUAACACUGACAUCCGAAUCCAGUAAAAUGCCCAACCAGAAGAGCAACAAGGGAAAGAAAAGCAAACGCACUAACAGUAGCGGAGAUGAGCAGGAAAAUGGAGCCUGUGCGGCCGCAACAGGAGGCGCGGCCGCGGCGGCUGCACCGAGAAGCGAGCGCUCGAGUGAGGUCCAGUGUGCCACCCCUCUCGGCUGCAGCCUGGGCUGUGCCAUCGACCUGGAGAAGGACGACUACCAGCGGGUGCUCUGCAACAACGAGCUCUGCCCUUACGGCAACUGGAUGCAUCUGCAGUGCUUCUACGAGUGGGAGAGCUCCAUCCUCGUCCAGUUCAACUGCAUCGGCCGCGCCCGGUCCUGGAACGAGAAGCAGUGCCGGCAGAACAUGUGGACCAAGAAGGGCUACGACCUGGCCUUCAGGUUCUGCUCCUGCCGCUGUGGCCAGGGUCACCUGAAGAAGGACACCGACUGGUACCAGGUGAAGCGCAUGCAGGACGAUCGCAAGAAGAAGCCAUCAGAGAGGAGCGCGGGCCGGCCAGGGCCUGGAGCGGGGGCGGCGGGGGCCGCGGAGGGGUUCUUUGAGGAGCCCAAGAAAAGCAAACUACCAGGAGGAGCAGCAGCAGCAGCAGCAGCAGCAGCAGGAGGCAAACCAGCUCACAGGGCUUCGAGUCAGGAGUUACCUCGCAGACAAUCAAUGGAUCGACAGAACUCUACAGAAAGAGGGGCAACAGGAGGACACGCCUCAGGGGGGCCCUUCGCUCUGGGCCCCCCUCAGAAGUCUCCAUGUGAUUCCCCGGGACAGUCUCCUCCGACCGGGUUCACCUUCUCCCCCACAUCCGCCCUCAGCGCAGCGGCGGGCGGAGGAGGAGGGGCGGCCCUGCGGGGCUCCCGUCAGCUGGGAGAGUUCCUCAAAUCGGCCGUCCACAUGGACCCGCAGAGGAAACAUCUGCUGGUCGGGGGGGCUCUCGCCAGGGGCGGGGGCUGCUCCCUGGGAGCCUCCGGCGGCACGGCGGGCGGUCCCCACCUCGACCCCGGGUCCAUCCUCCCGCUGCAGCUGUCCUUCGCCCUCCCGCUUCACCACCGCCUCGCCUCCAGCGGCGUGGGCGACGGCGCCCACCCCCACCCCGUGCAGUUCCUGAGGAGGCUGGACCUCUCAGAGCUCCUCACUCACAUCCCUCGACACAAACUCAACACCUACCACGUCCGCAUGGAGGACGACGCCCAGGCAGGCCAAGGGGAGGAGCUGCGCAGGUUCAUCCUGUCCACUCUCAGUGCGAGUCAGAGGAACGUGGUGAACUGCGCGCUGUGCCACCGGGCGCUGCCUGUGUUCGAACAGUUUCCACUGGUGGACGGGACGCUGUUCCUCAGCCCCUCGCGCCACGAUGAGAUCGAAUACGACGUCCCCUGUCACCUCCAAGGUCGGUUAAUGCACCUCUAUGCCAUCUGUGUGGAUUGUCUAGAGGGCGUCCACAAGAUCGUCUGCAUCAAGUGCAAGUCGCGCUGGGACGGGAGCUGGCACCAGCUGGGCACCAUGUACACUUACGACAUACUGGCUGCUUCACCGUGCUGCCAGGCUCGUCUCAACUGUAAACACUGUGGGAAGCCGGUGGUGGACGUUCGAGUCGGGAUGCAGUAUUUCUCCGAGUACAGCAACGUCCAGCAGUGUCCCCACUGCGGAAACCUGGAUUAUCACUUUGUUAAACCGUUCUCCUCCUACAAAGUACUCGAGGCUUAUUGACAAAUGUUGCUCAUGCAUGCUAGUUAAGCUGCUUUUGUUCUAAUUUGCUUUUUAUAACACAAUCUAGGAAAGAUUUUAUUUUUUGGGCCUUAAGGUGGUUUUAUGUUUUCAAGUUCUCUCUUUUUGAUUUUUUUUUUUUUUUUUUAAUUGUAUAGGACACACAUGACUCGAUUCAAAGAUUAAUAAGUUUCACGACAGGAUCUCUGCUGUUAGAGAACGGUGUCGAUAAAGUGUGGAACUGAUAUCUCAGUCAAACACAUUUAUCUGUGACAAGUGAAUGUAUCUGUAUGCCAAAUUCGCUUUUAUUUUUUACCAAAAAUGAUCCUAAAUAAAGCAGAGAAAGACACAGAC